ACCGUGCGGAACGAGCCCUUUCCGUGUGCAUUUUGUUUCUGUGCCUCCCUCCCUUGGCUCUCGUCGUGCUUGGCGCUUCCGCCCCUGCGGGGCGGCCGGGGUGGCCCCGCGCCCGGCGCGAGCGGCUGCAUUGGAGCUGCAUGGUUGCUGCACGAGACCGCCGGUGCGACUGCGCAUGCGCGUGGCGCUCCCAGCCAAACCACACACACUCUGAACCGUGGUGGUUGCGGGAUUUUUCACACCCCCUCCUCUCCUGCCCCCUUCAAACUACAAGUGUGGCGACCUCGCUGGAUGCUUCACGGCAAGGAGGGACCAAAGUGAAACACUGAAUGGUCUGCUUGAAAUAAAUCAAAAGAUUUUUCCAGGAAUGUCUGAAAAGGAGAAAGAAAAUGAUGACAUCAGACAAAGGGAAAGAGGGCACGUGAUUUUCACUUAAGCACCAAGUUCUAUUUUCUUUCUGUGAAUUUGUCAUUGAGGCCUUGGAUGGGAUGCUAGUCCAGAGGUUAGGUUGCUUGGCAUUCAAGAUGAAGUAGUCAGUUGGAUUCAGCAUUGGCUUGGCUAAGAAGCCAGAGAAGAUAGUACCGUAAAUUCCGGACUAUAAGCCACUACUUUUUUCCCACGCUUUGAACACUGCGGCCUAUACUACGGUGCGGCUAAUGCAUGUUUUUUUUUCAUGCCGCCAAAAACAUUUUGCCUCGUAACAGUAGACCAAUAAAAUUGAUGAGUAGUUCACAGAGGUCUAAUGAAAUUGUACGAUAAAUCAAGCACACUUUCACAAUUAAAUUAUUGUAAAUCAGUCAUUUGUACUCACCCUCAUCAACAUGGAAAACACUCGAAGAAAAGCAUAUGAUGCAGCUUUUAAGUUAAAGGCGAUCAAUCUGGCGGUUGAAGAAGGAAAUCGAGCUGCUGCACAUAAUUUUGGCAUAAAUGAAUCGAUGGUGAGACGGUGGAGACGCCAGCAUGAAGAACUGAGUCAAUGCAAAAAGACGACAAAAGCUUUCAGAGGUAAUCAUAGCAGAUGGCCCGAACUUGAAAACUUUCUUGAAAACUGGGUUAACACACAGAGAGCAGGCGGCCGCGAUGUUUCCACUGAGCAGAUCAGACUGAAGGCUAAAGCAAUCGCCACCAAAAUGAAAAUCGAAGAUUUUAGAGGUGGGCCAUCGUGGUGUUUUAGAUUUAUGAGACGAAAAGGCCUGUCCAUCAGGGUACGCACGACUCUGUGUCAGCAGCUCCCUCCCGACCACGAGGAAAAACUUGCUAACUUCCGCACAUUCACUCAAACAAAGAUAGCGGAGAAUUCCAUCGGGCCAGAUGAUAUCAUAGUGCGCAGGAGGAAGAUGAAGAAGGCGAUCAAUAACUUUUCCUGGCAUUCUGAGAUGGAUACCAGUGAAGAGCUUCCAAGAAAAGUUUUCAAGGCCAGAAAAACGAUGCGCGCAAGUGACCGACAACAGCUAGAAGCUAUCUAUAAAAGCAGAGAGGAGCUUUUAAAAGCCAAUGAAGAAACCAAAACUAAACUCUGCAAUGGUAAACACGAGAAUGGCGAUUCUGAUGGCAAAACGUCAUUAAGUACCAACUGCAUGGAUGAUACAGACAUUGACUGCAUUAAUGAUGUGAGGCUGGGUCCAGAAGAACUACAAGGCAACUCUGUUGACGAACUUGGCGUUGCACAAAUACCUGAACUAAGUCUUGCUGAAAAAUGUCUUAAUGAUGAUAAGGACUCAAGCUCUCAAGAUGAAAAAAUGGACUCCAUGCCCUCAGUUGCUGUAGAUGAAGAAAUAUCUGCUGAAAAUGCAGAAAACCAAGUUUUGACGGACAGUGAGAGCAAAACAGAUGAUGUUGUGGAACCAGAGUGUAUUGCAUCAAAGGAAGAUUCUUUAAUAGCAGAUAAUUCAAGCACUGAUCAGAACCUUUCAGAUGAAGGGAAACCACCCCCUGUUGAUGAAAAUGGGGCUCAUGAUGUACCAGAUGAGAGUAGUCUUUUGUUACAGUCAUCAUCAUCUUCCUCUGUGAGGGAAAAGGAAGACUGUGAAAGUUCAGUGGGUGUUAGUGAAGAGGCAAUAACAAGCAGCAUAGAAACUGUACAGGAGAAAAAUGACAGUGAAAACUCUAAAGUGGAGUGUGUAGAGACUGAAAGCGAAAGUGCAACAAAAGAUGCAUUAAAUGAGAGCAGAUCAGUUGGGAGUGGCCAAUUGGAAAUUGGAGAUAUAAUACCUAUUCUGGAGAAAUUGGCUCCGGAGAAGGAUGGUGAAUUAUCCAGCAAUCAAGAAAAUGAUCCUGCAGUGGAAUCACCUACACCAAAGGACAGUCCAUUGCAAGAAGAGCAAAUGGACACUUCUCUCAAUAAUUCUCCCUCAAAAGAAGAAUGUAAUGGCAACUUGCCUGAAGAAGCAUUUCUCGUCUUGUCUGAUGAGGAUGAGCCAGUAGCUGAGAAGCAAGCAGAAAGUGAAGAGCUGGUACCAAAAAACGAUAGUGCAGAUGCAGACCACAAAGAACAAGCAGCUGAUAUAAAACAAAAGCAAGAACCAAAUGAAGUAGUGCCACGGAAAAGGUCCAAGUCUGAAGACAUGGAAACCAGUAUAUCAAAACGGUGUCGGUUUUCUGAAGGUGAAUAUGAAGCAGCCUUAAAGGUGAAGAUCACUGCCCAAGGCGAAAUCCGUCAGACAUUGGAGAAGAUCGUUCAACAGAUUAUUGAAGAGCGUAUCAAUGCCUUGCAAAGUGGUGUUUUCGAUAAGAAAUUGGCAGAGCUCAAAAACAGAGUCGAAAAGAUAGAAUGCAAUACAAGGCACGAAUCUUUAAUCAGUGGCUUACAGGCAAAGCUGAUGCAGAUAGAGAAAAGGCUGGGGUCAGCAAAUCAAGCUCGCAGUGAUUCCAUCUUAAAAAAGACACAAGAGAAUAUUUCCAUCUCGAUACCUCAGCAAUCACCUGGAGUUCAGACUACACAACCCAACUCUCCCAGCAAAUCCCAUAAUCCCCCCGUUUGUUCUUCUGGCAAUGUGCAAUGUCGCAGUGGAACAGUAAGGCAGAUGCUGGAUUUAAGAAGAAAUAUGGCAGAUAUUUCAGCAGCAGUCCAGCCUUCUACAAAUUCCGGUAAUAAAGGGUCAUCUGGUCGUGUGCUUCCUCCUCUGCUCCCAGCAACUGCCACAGUGGUAGGAACCAAUCAAUCACUGCCAGCCUCUGGCAGUAACCAGCCUAUGCCAGUAUCUCUACAGUCAGUGCCAGUAUUACUUACCGUUCCAGUGGCAAUGUCUUCCCAACCUCAGCUCCUGCAGGCCUCAGCAAACACCUUGGUGACCAACCAGCAGCCUGGACUGGAGUUUUUACCUGUUCAAUCCCAACCCUCGAUUAACAACCUCUCGAAGUCACUCGCAUCACAAAUGCCAGCAAAUGUAGCAAAAACAAAUGGUGCUAGUACUUCUUUGCCAAGCCCAGGAGUUCAGAGGAAGUCCCCUGCAACGAUGGGAUCAAUGCAAAUCAGUAGCGCAAUUUCCAGUCAGACUGCUUCUGUGACUAGUACUCAGACUGUUCUUUCACCCCAAAUUUCCCGGACGUCACAGCAAUCUUUGAACUCCCCAGGACAUUUUAGCCCUUCAACAACUUCUAGGCCUGCAUUACAGCCAAGGCCUUCACAAACUUACAGCCAAGGGCAAGUGUCUGUGUCAUCAGGUCAGCCAUUAACUACCAGUUCAGAUAUAACCAAUACAGGAACCUCCAGAACAGAAAGUAGCCUCAGUCAGGCCACCCAGAGACAUUCUACAGCGGUUCCAGGAGAGUCAACAGCCACCAAGAAGGCAUCUCCUAGUGGCAACCAGGUCCAACUGCUGGUGAGUCAGUAUCCUGGCAAAAACUACACCAUGAAGACAAAAGAACACUCCAAGCAACUCCGCGAAAAGGUUAUUGAAAAGCACAAGUCAGGAGAUGGAUACAAGAAAAUUUCCAAGUCACUGAAUAUCCCUUGGAGUACAGUUAAGUCAAUCAUCAAGAAAUGGAAAGAAUAUGGCGCAGCUGUAAAUCUGCCUAGAACAGGCCGUCCUCAAAAACUGGGUGACUGUGCAAGAAGGGGACUAGUGAGUGAGGCCACCAAGAGACUUACAAGUGGAAAGACAGGAGGAAGUGAGAAAGACAUGGGAGCUGUCAUUGACCUGACGGGUGACGAUGAAGAAGACAUGUCGACACAAGGUGCCAGGAAACACAAUCAGCCUACUAACCAAGGAACGAACCAGCUUCCACUGCCCCUGCCCGUUGUCCAAAACCAGGUUCGACCUCCUGCUGCUUCCCAGGGGAUUUCUGCACAGCAGCCCUCCACACAGACCCACUUACCAGCAAGCCAGAACAGCACGACCACCAUCGGGUUAACAGUACAGACGGCCAGUGUGCACAGUGUGUCUGCAGGUAGAGUAUUAGCAGGGCAAUCAAAUCCAAGCAUUCUGCAGCAUCAGCGUCCUCAAAUGCCCCCGCCCACAUCACAAGCACCCAUCAGACCUCCCCCUGCCAUUCUCCAAAGAGGAAGCUCCAACCCUGCAGUUUACACAUCAUCCCCAGCAUACCAAAGUCACAGUGCAGUGCGUGCUGUAACGACACAGAGCCAGGCAGUGCGCCAGCCUAGUCCUCAGCCUCCUGUCAGUGCAGGAAUGUCAGUCCGGCCACCACAAACCUCGUAUAUCGUCAACAAUGUGAUCUCUAUUCCAAUGAUGCCGAAUAUGCCUCAGUUCACGGUACAUCACCGGCCUUCACAGGAUCCUCCACGACCUAUCCACCCAGCACCGCUCCCUGAAGCCCAAGCACCACAGCGGCUACCACCAGAGGCAGCCAACACCUCUCCACCCCAGAAACCCCACCUGAAGCUGGCCCGUGUCCAGAGCCAAAACGGAAUUGUCCUGUCCUGGAGUGUUCUGGAGGUGGACCGCUCUUGUGCCCCUGUGGACAGUUAUCAUCUCUACGCCUACCACGAAGACCCAGCCACCACCACGCCAUCUCAGUGGAAGAAGAUAGGAGAAGUGAAGGCACUACCCCUUCCCAUGGCCUGCACGCUUACCCAGUUUGUCUCUGGAAGCAAGUACUACUUUGCCGUCCGAGCUAAGGACGUUUACGGCCGAUACGGACCUUUCUGUGACCCGCAGUCGACUGAUGUGAUGUCGACACAGGGUAAUUAAUAACAAAAAUCAACAAAAAGAAUCAUGAUAUUUUUUCAUUUCUUUUCUUACAUCAUGCAUGACGUGUUGUAGUUUUUCUAUAGAUGUCUCUGACUCGAUUAGUACCUGUGUACACUACACUGUAUAUAUACAAAGAGGUUCAUGGUAUAAAUUAGGCAGCACAAUAAAUACAGGAUAUUGCACCAAGAUGUGCUGCUUACUCCUCCUCUGAGUUGCAUUUCUUUCCGCUGCAGACUCGAUUUGACCGGAGAUGUUUGACUCAUAGGGUCUUUAAUGAGGCAUCACCUACAGUGGAAUUAUUCAGCUCGUUCUAUGGUUCUCAAUGGGUCGACAUUUAAAGAGAAACAUUCCUAAAUGUGACAAAUGAUGCAGACUGUUAAAGUGAUUCGUACAUGUAUAACUUUUUGUGUUUUUUAAAUUUUUUUUACUAUUGUUUUCACUGCGGCCUCUAGCUAUCACUUUGAAAAGCAGUGAAGUUGAUCAGCAGUGACUGUAGGAUAAUUGCCUGAAAUACUCCUGAAAUGAAUGCAACUUGCAAUAGACUGCAUACUUGAUUCAGAGGCAUUGUGACUGAUUGAGCCUCAGCAAAGAUGUCAGACCCCCACCCCCUUUCUUUUAUUUUUCCAGUAAGACUAUUGAAACCGUGUAAGAUUUCAAACUGAGUUGCUUUACUGUGUUUUGAUGGGAAGGGAUUUUGGGUAAUACGGUGGCGAAUAAAAACAGAUUCUAUGGUUUUUGCCAAAUGCCUGUGUUAAAAGUGUUAUCAGAGCAACCUGUUGGUUCAGAAGAUACAAAUGAGAUUCUCAAAUAUAUUUUUAAUCAGUGUGAAAGUACCUUAUGUGUUCACUGGAUAGUGAGUCUUUGAGAGAACCUUUUUUCAUCAGUACCACUUUUCUGGUAUAAUGAAUUUUUUAAGAAGAUAUAUAUAAAUAUAUAUAUAUAUGUAUAUGUAAAUCUCAAUCCUGCUCUCCCAUUAAAGCCACUAUGUUGUAUAUAUUCUUCCUUGCAAGCAUCAAAUCUUUCCUUUCGAACUUGAUCUCAAGUCAGCAAGCACAAAUCCUGCCAUCCUGGGGAAGGGUUUCCAUGCUCUUUGAAGGGGCAGAUUAGUUAGCAGGAGCGAGUAAACGGUGCUCAUGCUGAGUGGUUUUCAGAUUCUUCCCAGAUUGCCUUCUGGUUUCUCGCUGCAGCAGUUUCGGGGAGUCCCUUGCUUUUGGUUGAGUUUGUGCCUGUUCUUUAAAAUUACCAGAUGCCCACUACUACCCGUACUAUAAACCCCUUCUGUUUGAAAGCUCUACAAUAUGGAAAUCAGAACUGCUUAAGACCUGUCGGCACAACUCUGUUAGCAAAAGUCUGAUCUGUCUGUUGUACAGUGACAUUGGUGUGAUGCAAACAUGCCGACUCAAAGUCUGGUAUACGCAAGGAUGGACCAAGCAGUUCUCAGUACCACACCCAACAAAGUUGUGCCCCUGCACUGAAAGUCGGUUACUUUUGUGAAGCAUUAAUAAAGUUUAAAAUUUUACAUUAAUUUAAUCAAAGAAUGGUCCUUUGAAUUGGGUUGUGGCAUCAUGUACAGUCCCUCCCCUAUCCCCAUCCCUAGGGCGGCAGUGGCCAGGCAACAGCCUGUGUAGAUUGUGUAUUUAGAAACAAUCUACUUUAAUUUGAGCAGAACCUUAAAACACCGUAGUUCAACUAAACUUCUUCAAAAUGGCCAUAGUCAAUCAACUGUUGUGACACUGACCUCGUACAGAAAUAAAAAUGAUAUUAUGCACAAAUUGUUACUUGUUCUGCAGGCUGUACUAUUUCUAUUGAGAUUGAGGCCCCUCAUCCACGCUCCAGGGUGGCUUCAGUACCUGUUGAGGGACCCAAGGCCAUAUUAAGUAACAAUCGAGAAAUCUGGAGCAAGUAGUGGUUGGCCAUGUGAUGGCCAGCAAUGAUUGGUAGGUAAAGGGUUAAUGGUCAGUGGAGAAAAGUCUUCCAGCAGUUAAGGGGAAUGGCAGGGGAUUUACAACCUACUGCGGAGUAAAGCAUCUACUGGGAAAGAGCAUGCUUGGUGCAAGGAGACUGGAUGCCUGUUUGUUUGCAGGUGAAGUCUGGAGUUGGAGAGAGAAUAAUCAGUAGAGCUUGGGCAGUUGAUGUCACUCAAUGAAUAUUCCUCUGCAGGUCUCGGGAAUAGAUUAAACAAUUUGAACACCAGUAAAGUGUGCCUCACUGUGUCAUUUUACUUGGAGAAAAUUAUAACUUAUUACAUUGUUUACUCAUUUAUGCAGCCUUCUAGCCAAAGGGUACAACAAUAAAAUCAUGAGAAGUAUAUUUGUAAUAGAGAAAUCUCUUUCCCAGGGAGGGAUUAAACACUGAAAUGCUGGAACAGGUUGAAUGUAAUUGUAUUGCCUUUUGGUUUUUUUAUAUUAUUAUUCUUUAGUUUACACGUAGUAUACGGUCAAUUGCAAGAUCAUGAUAAUUGUAUUUCAGAAAUGUGGCAUCAAGCUGUGUUGCCCUGGAUGCGACUUUUAAGUGAAAUUUUGUUCACAAAAAUCUGAAGUUUAUAGUGUGAAAAUAAAGAUACUAGCAAUGUUG